AUGCCUCUCGUUGUUCCAGGAGUCACCUCGAAUAUGGGUGGUGGUGAGAAGGGCCAAUGGCUCAACAAGCUCGCUGGCAAGAAGAUCAGCGACUCUACUAGUGAUGUGCAGACCUUUGCGAAGAAGGAUCUUCCCGAGUCUCAUAGAAUCCUUCGUCCUGGGGAUGCGAUGACAAUGGACCAUAGACCGGAUAGACUCAACGUUCACCUCGAUGAGCAGGACGUCGUCAAGGAUGUCAACUUCGGUUGA